AUGGAUAGGCAGACUAAUUGGACUCGUGGUAUGAAUGAAACGUCAUCAACACCAAUACCUGGACAAAACUGUGUCUCAAAUUCAUCAACGUCUUCAGUUUUAGACAAAUUUCUAGUCAUCGCUCCAUCAUUGGUUUCUGUAAAUCAGGACCUCAAAUGGAUUUUUCUUUUACACACAUAUGGUUUUGCGUGUCUCUUUUUUAUACUUGCAUUUUACACAUUUUUAUCUAUUCUACAUUUAAGAUCUCUUAUAUCCAGCCGGCCUUUUAUGUCAACAAUUAAUAUGUUCUUGUGUAUACUUGGGGUUGCCAGAGCAAUUUGCCUCUUUAUAGAUCCGUAUAAUCUUAAAGAUAUUAUGCCAAAAAUCAUUGGAUCAAUAGUAUGGGAUAUUGGAUUCCCUUGUGUAACUUCUGCCUUUAGUCUUAUACAGUUGGCUUUCCUUCAACUAACUCAGCUUAAGUUUGGACCAGAAAACAUACGAAAAGAGUCUUGUAUAAGCUUGAUCAUAACAGGACACUUUUUUUUCGUGAUUGCUAGUGACAUAGCUCUUACUUCCCCGAAUUUUUACGUGGUAAAUUACGUAGUACAGACAGUGUUCCUUGUAUGGAGUAUUCUUUUAUAUUUAACAUCCCUACAUGCAGGAUAUAAAAUAAAUCAUUUAUUACAAUCUGUGCCAAAUAGUAUGCUGUUGAGAGAUAAUUCCAAUGCUCAUCAGAAAGGUAUUAUGCAACUGGCAAUGUUAGCACCUUACAGUAAUUUAGCAUCAUCUGUUGCUGCUGCCUUGGUACCUACCUUGCUCAAUCCUAAAGUAAAGAAUGUUGAAGAAACAGAAUCGGCAACUUUUGUGAUCGAUUCGGAGAGAAAUUGUAAAGAUCGAUUUAUGAAAAUAUCUAAAAAAGGAGAACAAUUACAAAGGGAAUGUGACAGAUCUUGUAAAAGUGCAUCGCGUCAAGCAGAGAAGCCAGUUCCUGUAUCAACAGUACCGGAAGUAUAUGUUAGACCUCCGACACCUACGCCGUCAGCAGUUAAUUUGCCUAUAAUAACCGUAUCCAGUCCAAGCCGUAGAAGCUCUAUGGGCAGUAGGCGGAGCAGUGAUGCAUCCAGAUCAUCUCGUAGAAAUUCAGAGUGCAGCGUUAGAUUCAUAAACGAUGAAGAUGGUUUUACAUCCGAGUAUCGGCGAAACUCUGAUUUUAGUCCUAAAUAUUCGGCUGACAUUGAUAGAAAGCGAUCUCCGGAUAGAAUGUCCAGGAGACAUUCUGAAAAUGUUACACCUUUGGGAAGUAUAAAAGAUCUAAGGCGAUGUUCUGAUUUUUCACACGAGAAAAGCAGAAGUUCCCAGUUUGCAGCUAAACUGAAACGGAACAGUGAUUUUGGAAACAGAACACCCAGAAGAAUGCUGCCCCCGAACGAAUACAAAUUGCCCCGAGUGGUAGAUUUAAGCCCUGCAGGUUCAAGACGGAACUCAGAUAUUAGCGGCAUUAUUUCCAAAGCCGAAUUACGGAGAAAUUCAGAUAUUUCCUUUCGACGUAACUCUGAAAUGAUUCAAAUUAAGCCAUUAGAUUUAAAUCGUCGAAGCAGCGACAUAAGUAUCCGAACUUUAAGUAGAAGUCCUACACACGGUCGAACCAUAGUUCCGGAAAAAAUUGAGAUACAUGAAAAAUCCGAAUCAGAUUCGGAUCAGCCUGACUGCAGUGAGAAAGCAGCCUUGAUGACAGAAAAGAAUAAAGACAAGGAGGAUGAUGGAAAAGGACGGAAGAAAAAUUUAUCCUGGAAAAACGAGAAGGGGAAAGAAGAUACUGAAGAUAUAACCGUUGAGACUAAUCUGCUUCCUGAGAAUACUGCGUCCGAUACGAAGAUUGCGAGUAGUGACUUCACACUACAUUCGAUAUUGAAUCACAUUGCGUACGCAAAUAGAUCCAUAUCCGAAAGACCUCUACAUAUAUUAGAAACAAUCACCGCUGCAAGGAGAAGGUCACAAAUCCGAAAAGUAUUAAACGUUACGUAUGCAACCGCAAUUUUUGGAAUCAUUUUAUGCGUUACAGACGUUGCACGUAUUUUCGGCCCAUAUGGACUUUUAGCUGAGAGAGUGAAAUAUGGUACACAACCAACCAAGACUCAGUAUCCAAAACCUUGGCUAUGGUUUAUGUACCAAACUCUAUGCAGGACUAUAGAACUGAUAAUGUGUUGGGCAAUGGCAUGUAUUAGUAAACAACCAUCGGUAAAGCGACACCAAUACCUAAGUGGUUACCCUAAUUAUAACGUACACGUAAAACGAGGUAAUAAUCCUUAUAUAUGA